AUGGAUAAGGUACAGAAGAUGAUCUCCGAGAAGUCGGUAGUGAUCUUUAGCAAGAACUCUUGCUGCAUGUCUCACACAAUCAAGACUCUUUUCGUAGACUUUGGUGUCAACCCAACAGUAUAUGAGCUAGACGAGAUCAGCAGAGGAAAGGAGAUUGAGCAAGCAUUGGCUCAGCUUGGCUGCAGCCCGACUGUGCCGGUGGUGUUCAUAGGAGGUCAGCUAGUGGGAGGAGCAAGUCAAGUCAUGAGUCUUCACCUUAAUCGCUCUCUCGUUCCAAUGCUUAAGCGCGCUGGCGCACUAUGGCUUUAA